AUCAUUGCAUCAAUAUGUUCAGCUGUGCGGCAGAGCGCAAAUAAGCGUGAAAAAGACGAGAGCGUGAAUAAUAUCACACAUCACAGAUUGAAUAAAAAAAAAAUACAUCAACGUUUAAUAUGGAUUUAAAAAAAGUCAUUUUAGAGAAUGAGAGGAUGCAGAAAACCUACGGCGCUCUGCAAGAGACGAACCUGAGAACAGACAAAGGUCAGAUGGACGUGUCGAUGGUUGAGAGCUGCAUGUCUCCAGACGAGAUCGAGGUUGAAAUGACUCGCAUUCAGCGGCUGCGCGAGGUGUUGGUGAGACGCGAGUCUGAACUGAGAUUCAUGAUGGACGAUAUUCAACUUUGCAAAGACAUUAUGAGCCUGAAACAAGAACUGAGGAAGAUUGUGAUGGUGCCAGACGCAGAGAAGACAAAGAAACUUCGUCAGAGAGAAGAGAAAUUAAUCCAGGAGAUUCAUCAGCUCGUGCAGAAGAGAGACUUCCUGGUGGACGACGCAGAAGUGGAGCGUUUGAGAGAGCAGGAGGAAGAUAAAGAGAUGGAUGAGUUUCUCCAGCAGAAGCUCUGUGUGAUACAGAGAGCUCCACAGGCGAGAACAGCAGAACCGCCGCUCAACAAACCGUCCAUCAGCAAGACCAGCGCGGCGCUCAUUAAAGACUGCUGUGGAGAGACUCCGUGUGUCGUCAUGUGAAGAUCCGCAUUGAGAUUUCCCAAAGCAACUAAUAUUAAGUGAAUUUUAUAAAUAUAUGAAUAUCAAUUAAAUGAGAUUGGAUUUGUGACACAUCAAUGACUGCGUAAGAUUCAGUGUCGUCUCCAGGAACAGCCCGAAAUCUCCCCCGGAAACACUGAACUGUGUUUGAAAUAUUCAUGUGUUUACAACAUUCAUAAUCAUCAUCAUCAUCAUCAUCAUCAUCAUCAUCAACAAUAACAACAACAACAACAACAACAACAACCUCUCCACCACAGUAUCAUUGACAAACUGAAAAUUACAAAUAUAGAUUUAGUGUUUGAGUUACAUUUACAGAUUACAAAUGUUUAAACACCUGUGAGUGUCAUAGUGUAGUGCAGUUUCUCAGCCCUUUCUUUGAGUAAACUA